GGGGCAAGGCUUACAUUUGUCUAACCACGUGACAUGCCGGGAAUUAAGAAAAAUACUACGUAAACCGCUCAGAAAAGCCCAGCAGUGAGGGUAGCACAGAGGUGAUGUUAUGAUAUUAAAUUUAAGGAAAACUAAACAUGGCACCAAAAAGAAAAAAUUCAAAACAGGUGACAUCAGAAGGGCGAGGCAAAUCCCAGAAUAAAAGAAGAAAAAGAUCUAAAGGUGAAAGACCUCCCAGUGAUGAAGGUUCUGAUGAUCAGUUCUGCAACAAAAACCUGACGGGUAGAGCUUUUGCCAAAUGGAAGCCAAUUCACAGGGCAACCAGGGAUUUUCUAAGUCAAAUGAUGGAGUCCACAAUAAGCUCUGUGUUGGCAAAUACCAGUGCAACAAGCUAUGAUGAUGUGCAAGACCACCUCAUUGCAUUGAAAUCAAGUGUCAUGAAAAAACUGGAACAGAUGAAGGCUCCUGCAACCAGAGCUGCAGAUUACAAGAAUCUGGAACAGCUUGCACGUAACAUAGAAGGUACUCUAGUGAAGAGUUCAAACAAGAUGGAAAAAUUAGAAAAAGAAGUUCAAUUAUAUGAGAGUUUAGCCUUCCAAGCAGAAGAAGAUCUUGACAAUUACAAAAAUGAAGUCACACAGCUGGAUGUUCAAACUGAUGAGUUGCAUCCUCUCCUCCAGAAAAUGGAAGAUCCUGUCCUUAACAUCCCUGCACUCCCCCAGAUAAAUAGCACCAAGACUUCACGGAUCAUCAAUCCCAGAGUUCUGCCACAAAAUUUAACAGAGAUUCUAGACUUCUUGUCAAGUUCCAAAAACAGUCAUUUGCAAAAGUUUGUGGAAACACUAUCACAUUAUGCUGGGAAGUUGGAUAAUUAGUUUUUUUUAGUUUACAGAUGUAUUUCUACAUCCAAAUUUGUGUGUACACUUACCUUCAGAAUGAAUAUAAGUAUUGACUACAAAAAAUUUAUGUUGAAUUGUAAAUUGUCUGACAGUAUCCUUGGGACUUGUUA